UAUAUUGCUUCAAACAGGGCGAGAGGUGAUUUGACUAUACGUGAAACUUUAAAUAAAAAUUAAAACAUGAUUAUUUAAACAUGUCUCAUUCAAAUUUGUCACCUUAUUUACUGCAAGAGCUUCCAGAUAUAACGGAGAGUAUAAAUUAUCCGAUACGAAAUGUUCAGCGUAUUAAGUACACUUGUUUUGACAUAUCAAAAUCUCUAAUUGCGUUUGGUGCUACGAGUGGAGGAAUUUAUGUCUUCAAUCGGACCCCCUGUGAGUUUGUACAACUGAUACCCAAUAAGGAUGGUGCCAUAACCCGCCUGGCCAUAUCAACAGAUGAAAAGCACAUUGGUUUCGCAAAUGGCCGAGGGUUGGCCACCAUUGCUGGCUGCAACCAAUCUCUAAGCGGCAGUCACUCGGUCUCUAAAGAACAUCAAGGCAAUGAAAUAACGGCCAUGAUCUGGAGUACCAAUCAUAUGCUGUUCAUGGGAGACGAUGUGGGGAAAAUUUCUGUGUUGCAGCCGCAGAAUUUUAUUGCCAAAACAAUGUUCCAGAGCUCAUCUCUAACCAUAAUGAGUUUAGACUCUCGUAUUUGUCAACUGGAUAUGAAGUCAUGUAUGCUACUCGUGUCUACUCUAACACGAUGCUAUGUCUGCGACACAUCUCGAGAACAAUACAGACAAAUAGGCCAAAAGCUAAGGGACGGUGAAUUCGGAGCCUGCUUCGUUAACAAAGAAACUAAAACCGAACAACAAACAACCAACAACACACAGGACUUUACCGAAGUAAGAAAAUAUAACAUAGUCAGUGACGACUCAGGAUUUGCUAUAGGCAAAGACCUUGAGAAUACAAUGAUAUUCUGUGCCAGACCAUCUUCUAGAGUAUGGGAAGCCACUAUAGAUGGCACCGUGAUAAGAACACAUCAGUUCAAACAAGUACUCGCUAAAACACCUAUGAAACUUGUGUCUAAUGAAUCUUACCAAAAUCAAAAUGUUGCCUUUGACGAGCCUGCAAGUGACGGCGACGGGCAAUCGGUGAACUUCCCCAAAAUAUUUGCAACAAACAGUGCCAUAUUUUCAUUUAGAAAGAAUGCUUUGUAUUUCUUAAAUAUUUAUGAUGUUGAUCACACAAUUUGGUUUGACAAUUACAAGGAUAUUGUGGAUUGUAAAGUGUAUCAUGACAUGCUGUAUGUAUGGCUGUCGAACGGCUCUCUAGUUAACUUGAAAUACGUGAAAGUAGACAAGUUUUUAGUCAAAUGUUUUGUAGACGAGAAGUAUGUGCUUUGUGCAAAAUUGUGUGCCUUGUUUAGCGAUUAUUUGAUGGCGAAUAAUUUGUCACCGAAAUUGCAUAUUCUGGUGAGCUUAAAAGAUAAAGUAAAUGAUGAAGAGUUACUCGGCAGCAUUAAAGAGGUACUCGAUAAGUUCGAAGGACUGAAGUCUAAUGACGCUACUCAAAUGAAAUCUGGAAUUUAUAUAGUUGACAACACUUACCAUGCUCAGUCAUCGUUGCUAGAGAGCGACACAAAAUUAAACGAUGAAUUCAAAUUCAGUUCACUACCACCAGAAGCAAUGCAGACGCUAAAAGAUCUGAGCUUAAGCGUGUCUGACAAAUUAAAUAACAGUAAAAAGAAAUUAAAGGAGAAAUGGGAAGACUUUGAAGGUAAAAUGAAACACCUCAGUGUUGAUAAACAUCAAGAAGUAAAAGACAUACCUAUAAUAGAAAGAGAAGAGACACAAGAUUUCAUUAAAAAUAUUGUGACGGAAGACACCAUUGAACAUACACCAGUUGUAUUUGAUAAUGAUAUCAUUUACAAAGAAUCUAGUCAAAAGGCCAUAGAAGUAGACAAUAAUAGUUUAGAAAAAGAUAAAGUGAACAAAAGUUUGUAUCAAUAUUAUAAAUUAAGCGUAGUUGAUAAGGAAACAGAUCGAUCGAAUUUAGUUUCUACUAUCGAAAGUUAUGCCUGUGAUAUUAGUCAGAUCUAUACCCUUAUGUUACAAUUAGAAAGUUAUUGCAUUAAUAUAGGAGCGUUCGACGAAUCUAAGUUUGUACCUAAUCACAUUUUCCUCAGUUAUCUCAACGAGUCAAAGAAUAAAGAUGACUUGCUCGAUUCUAUUAUCAAAGACGAGACAUUGUACAAGUACUUUGUAGAUUCAUGCAUAUCUGUGAAUAUGAAAAGUCAGAAGCUAUCGAAUAUCGGUUGCGACUGUGGGUUCCCACUACCUUACUCAAGAACUCAUCAGACACCAACCUUCUCUGAGCUUAUAGACGAAUUUAUAGAAAAACAAUGGUCGAACCAAACGCGGAACCAAUGUUACGAUAUUUGUAAACGUAUGCCUUAUUUGUGGAGGAAGAUUCUGUACUUGAGGAGGAACGAGGAUUUGUUGAACAUAUUGAGGAUAUUACUGCAAAUGUUGGAUGAAAGUUUGCUGCACUCGUUUUUGCCACAAUUCACUUUGGACACUUGGGAGCGGACAGUGCAAUUAUACGCUACAUUACAUGCUAACAUGUGCUUGAAUUGUUCGAAAAAGUUCGAUCAUAUUUCUGUGAAGGACACUUUGAGUUGGGACGAUCUUGGAGCCUUGAUGAUCAAGUCCAUUGGCGGUAGGAAUGCUAUCAAAGUCAUGGAGAAAUAUGCGAGUCUCAUCGAUGAAGGAGCUAUCACUGUGAAGUUCUAUCAUACUUGCCUCAUGGUUACCAUGUAUGAGAGAUAUGACGCAACUAUUACUGGACAAUUGACGGACACCUUGUAUAGUUGUUAUAACUUUGAAGAUUCGAGGAUAGAGGUGUGCAGACUACUACGAAGUACAAUAAAUGGCAAACCGAAGAAUACCGCCUUGCCAUUAAUUGCUGCAGCUAAGUCAAAAGGCUGGGGUCUCAAACCCCUUACUGCGACCAAAUCUACGGGAAAUGACGAUUCUACCGAGGAAUAUAUAAUCGAUGUAUCUUUAAAUAGCAUACUGGACAAUUUGUUCCAUAUCAUUAACGGAGUGACAAAUUGUGUACUGUGUGGGUUGCCAUUACAAAAUACUGUUCUAAUCAAAGAUGGCGGACUCUGGGUUUUUAAGUGUGGCCACACUUUUCAUGGAGCGUGUUUAGAUUUGAAUAAAGUAAAGCUUUGUCCUUCGUGUUCGCCUGUCAAAUGAGUUUUUGUACGCACGGUUAGCAGAGCACAAUUAUUAUUAUUUUGGAUUUGAUUUUACUGUAGAUCUUGUUACGAUUUUAUUAGUAUAGAAUAUUUUGAAAUGUUUAUUUUGGUGGAAAAUACUUGUUUGCUUGAUAUUAUGGAUUUUUAAUUAUUUUGGCAAUCUCGAACAUCCCAUAUAGAGCCAUUAAAUUACAGUACAUAUUUUACUUUUAUAUCGAAGUAGGUAAACCAAUGCAAUUUUGUAUUCACGUAGUUACAAUGGUUAGUACUAAAUUAUGAUUUAUAUUUAAGUUGUGUAUUCUUGAAAGCACUUAUGAUCGAUGGACACUUAAAUUAAUUUUACUAAUUUGUUAUGAUAUUACUAAAGUAUUUAUUGCAAAGAAUGUAUGUCUGUAAAGUUACCCAAAAUAAUUUAUGAAUUACUGUACUGGAGCUUGUGUGUACUUUGGUCGAGUUAAUUUAUUUAAGACCCUAUAUCAAUCGAUGGAAUGUCGAAUUUUGCUUAGCAGUAAAAGCUAAGGUACCAUACAUAGAGAAUCAUUUAACUUUCCUAACAUUUAUUUUCUGUAUUGGUCAGGCAAUUAAUAAGGUUUUAUACACCCUACGCCAUUUUAUUUUAAUGCAUUCUGCUUGUGACAUAUUAACAUAAAUAUCCUUUAAAUAAUAAUAUAUUUUGGGCUUCGAUAUAAUAAAAAAAAAACAUCUCGACCGAAUCAGUGUCAAAAUAAAUACAGAUUUUUUCGAAAUUUCUCGCAAUAUUUUGAUAAGAUAUUUUAAUAAUCUCACGUCUAAUAUUAAGGUACAUUAGAGUUGUUUACCAAAAAUAUACUUGUAUCCAAUUGUAAUUAUGUACUUAAACAGUUUUGUAUAAGGUAUCGUUUAAGUGGCCUUUACUUUGUGUUAAAUUCAAUGGUUUUCUUCAUAAAAAAUAUUGUUAAUUUGGUUUUUGCAAAUAUUAAUAGUUUUUUGAACAUUAUUUUUCUAAUGAAACAUUACUGAUGUUGGCUGAAUAUUGUAUUGUAAGAGUCGGUUCAAAUAAUUAGUAAAAACAAAUGUCAAUUGUCAAUUUUACAAAUAUGCUCUUUUGCUCGGCUCCCAUUGACGCAGGGACUGUCAUGUGAAUGUACAAGUAAAACUUUCACCGUUUUACGUUGUAAAUCCAACUUUAUGUCUGUAGUGUUAAGCUAUAAUUUUAUUCGUCUCUUCAUCAAUACAUUGCCAUGUCGUUCUUUGGAGCCGGGUCUUAAGGUACGUUUUGUAUUCUAGCUGCCGAAUGCAACUGCUGACCGCACAUGCCGCGACUGCAUUAAGUCGACCGCAGUUGCACUAUAUACUAGUUGUAUGUAAUUACAUGAAACCGUUUUGAAUCGAAGCGGCAGUUGCAGUCGACUGCAAGAAUUCAAAACGUACCUUUAGGCAUUCCAAAACUAAAAGAUUUCUUUUUAUGAUUUGAUACAAAUGAUACGUUCAUUCAGCCAUGAUCUGAAAAACAGCAAUAGAACACCACAGUUUAUUUUUAAUUAAAAUUGCUGUUAUUUAAAACAUUAACUUAUGAUAUUUUGAUAAUAUUAUUGUUUGAGGAUUCGUUCUAAAUAACGUUGUUUGCCAUUUUAGACGUUUGUGUGUUUUUGCAUCAAACUUAUGUUUAUUGCUACGUAAUUAGGUGUUUUUUGUGCCUAUAAUAUUUUUUGUUGAAUAAAAAUAUAUUAUGAAGUAAAUAA